AUGGCAAACCAACUUAUUUCUGGAAAAACAUCCUCAUCGUCAACAGCAGCAACGUUACUCUCUCUGGUUAUCAUUUCCGUAUACAGUCUCUCAUUAUAUUGCAACAACGGAGCAAAUAGUGCAAUGCCUUUUUCUUCCUCUUCUUAUUCUUCUUCAAUACGGGAGGCAUCAAAUAAUACAACAACGAUAACAGGAUAUAUCUUGAUUGUUAUAAUAAUGAUAGGAAUUACAGGAUUACUGAUUGUUGCAGCUAGAGCAACAUUAGUCACAUGGAUUACUGUAUUGGUAUUGUUAGCAUUGGUUGCUGGUAAAAGAAGGAAAUCAUUAGUACGUGAAGGUAGAAAGAUUACAACAGAUAUUACUGUUUAUGCUAUGAAGAAUAUUCUUCUUAGAGAUAAAAGCAUUAUUGCUAUUACUUUAGGGAUUCUGAGCUUCAUUGUUUUCAUUCUAAGAAGAGUAUAA